UAUAGUGUCCAAUCACAGAGCUCGUUGAUCGCAGGUGGCAGAGGGCGAGCCGAGGCGCUGUAGAGUCUGCUGCUGUUAAUGCUGAGCACUUACUUACGAUUAUAGUUAAUCAUAGUCAAUUACAAUGAGCUCCAUUGGGACCGGGUAUGAUUUAUCCGCCUCCACCUUCUCACCUGAUGGAAGGGUAUUUCAGGUCGAAUAUGCCAUGAAGGCUGUAGAAAAUAGCAGCACAGCAAUUGGCAUCCGCUGCAAAGAUGGAGUCGUGUUUGGUGUAGAGAAGUUGGUUCUGUCCAAGUUGUAUGAGGAAGGCUCCAAUAAACGCAUCUUCAAUAUUGAUCGGCAUGUUGGAAUGGCUGUGGCUGGUCUUCUAGCAGAUGCACGAUCGCUCUCAGAAGUGUCCAGAGAAGAGGCUUCAAACUUCCGCUCCAACUAUGGCCAUGACAUCCCACUGAAGCAUCUUGCAGACAGAGUGGCCAUGUAUGUCCAUGCUUACACAUUAUACAGCGCUGUGAGGCCUUUUGGAUGCAGUUUCAUCCUGGGAUCUUAUGAUGAAGAUGAUGGUCCACAGCUCUACAUGGUUGACCCUUCUGGGAUUUCAUACGGUUACUGGGGCUGUGCUAUUGGAAAAGCAUUUCCAAUGGAGAGUAGCACGGGAGCUGCGUAG